AUGAAGACCUCUAUGUUGUUCACCGCGCUGUGCGUUGCUGGAACCCUCGCAACCCCGGUCCGCAAGAUCUCAACCGUCGUCGAUAUCAAAAUCGUCACCACGACCAUGACCACCGUCAUUGGCUGCCCGACUUUGCUUCCAGCCCCUACUCCAAAGCCAGAGCCAAUUCCAGCUCCAGCUCCUGUCCCAUCGCCAAAGACGAAGAUUAUCACCUCUCUGCCAGAGCCAAUUCCAACAUAUGCUCCCCCACCACCUCCUUCAUCGACAAAGGCCCCUAAGCCGACCUAUGCUCCUGCUCCUCCACCACCGCCACCACCGCCGCCACCACCAAAGCCAACCCAGGCUCCUCCACCACCUCCACCACCUCCAUCCAACCCAGGAACUGACUACAAGUCUAUUAUCAUGCACCACCACAACAUCCAUCGCUCCAACCACUCCGCCCCUGCCCUCACCUGGGAUGCCGGUCUAGAGUCCAGUGCCAGGCAGCUUGCCGAGAGCUGCAGCUACGGACACAACACUGAGAUUGGUGGUGGUGGAUAUGGCCAGAACAUUGGCUACCAGUCUGGCUACGAUGAUGUUGCUGCCCUCAUCACCAACAACAUGUACAACGACGAAUUCAUGCUAUUCGACGGCAACUGGGGCUUGGACAACCCACCAAACUUCCACGAAUGGGGCCACUUUACCCAGAUCGUCUGGAAGGGCACUGAGCGUAUUGGAUGUGUCACUGCUGACUGCCCAAGACUCGGAGGUCAAGCCUCUGCCAGCAACGCCAAAUACACUGUUUGCAACUAUGGCCCAGCAGGAAACGUCGUUGGUCACUACGCUGAUAACGUUGCUCGCCCAGCUGGACAGCCUAUCGUCGUUGCGUAA